GAGGUUAUGUUUCCCAUCUAGUUGCUUUAUGCGAGUAAACGAAGUAAACGCUUCAAGUAAACGUUAUAGUCAAAAAGAGUCUUUUCUUUAAAAAUUGUUUCAAAAAAAUCGCAUAAAUAUGUCUGGAGAUUCAGGUGAUAUGAAAAAAUCAUUGAAACGUAAGAAAAAACGUUCACAUAAUCAAAUAAUGAAAAAAAUGGCACGAAGUCGAAAUUACGCUGGUGAAUUGGAAACUGAUGCCUAUCAAUACAUGUUACGCGUAUGGGAAAUAAUAAGAAAUGAUUUUUCAACAAUAGAUGAUAAAUUAGUUUUUGCAAAUAAUGUUUAUGAGCAAACAAUCGAUCACGAAGUGGAUUAUGCGAGAAAUCAAAUUGGAUCGCGAGUAAUUGAGAGUCUCAUGGAUUACGCAAAUUUGGAGACAAUUAAAAGAAUGAUAUUGGCUUUUCAAAAUGAUUUAAGACCCAUGUGCAGCGAUAGAUUUGCGAGUCACGUUCUACAGAAAUUAAUUUGUGUUUGCACCGAACGAGGUAGUUGUGAAUUAGAAAAAAAGUCAACUGAUCUAAUUAAGGAUGAAGAGAAGGAAAAAUAUAAUGACAUGUCUUUGAAAUUAUGUAAAUACGUGAUAAAUAAUAUGGAAGAAUUCGCCUGGGAUACGUAUGCAAAUCAUGUACUUAGAACUGUUUUUCAAUGUUUAAGAGGUGUCGUCGAUAAACCGGAUCACAGUAAAAAAAAAUCACUCAUCCCUUUGGAAAAUGUGCGAAAAGUUGAUCAAUCUUUUCACGAUUUACUCGUCGAUAGUAGCAAAAGAAUGCAUAAUUGGCCUCAAUUUUUAGAAUUUGGACAUCACGAACUCACGUCUGGACUAUUACAAACAGUUUUACAUUCACUAAAAGAUGUCGAUUCUGAUCUAUGUUCAACGAUCGUGAAAAAAAUAAUCACCGAAUCAUUUACAGCCGACGAUAGUGGAAAUUUAACCGGAUUUCUUGAAACCGAAUCAUCGGCAAGAUUAAUUGAAGUUUGUCUCGUCGUCUCGAAUGCUAAAACAUUUAAGAAAAUAUACAAACGUUUUUUCAUCAAUAAAUUGGGAGAGUUGAGCAUAAUGGGAAAGGCGAAUUUUUGUGUUCAACGUUUACUCGAAAAUUGUGGUACAAAAGAAAUUUUUGACGACAUAUUCGACGAGAUUUCAAAUCAUUUUGAAAUGAUUUUACAAAGGAAAUUUACCGGUGUCUUAUUUAGUGUGGCGGAAGCUUGUUCGCGAUUACAUACAAAACAGGGACUAUUCAUUAAUUGUUUGAUGAAAAUUCUGCAUUGUGAAGAUGCUGCAAGACAAGGACAAAUUGCACGACUCACUGCAAGUUUGGUAAAUUUUGAAAAAUUGGAACAAGCAAGAAAGGAGAAACAAAUUGUUCCUCUACAAUUACAUGGAAGUUUGAUUGUUCAACAGAUGUUGAAUUUUAAUAAACCUAUAAAAAUUGUUAAUUCACUUUUAGAAGCUGACGCUGAGGAACUUGCUUUUAUUUUCAGUGAUAUGCACGGUAGUCGAAUUGUUAAUUGUUUUAUGAGUAGUCAAUAUAUUGGGGAGAAGAGUCGUGAAAAAUUGGCGAAGAAAUUGCAGGGCUAUUGGGUUGAGUUAGCUUGCAGUACACAUGGUUCGAGGAGUUUGGAGAGAAUUUGGGAGAAGGCGAAGGAAAAUCAGAGAAUUAUCAUUAUGGAGGAAUUAACAAAAGCCGGAGAAUCACUUCGAUCGAGUAAAACUGGAAGGAUUAUUUCGACAAAAUUCAACGUUCCUCUAUUUGCAAGAAGCAGGAAAGAAUGGUCGGAAUCACAAGGGAAGGAUGAGAAAACAAAAGCAUUGUUUGCUGAUAUCGUCAAUCCAGAUGUAAAAAGUGAAUGUAAAUAACAUUGUUUAAUAUCAAAUCUGUUUAAUUUUUAUUUAAACAGUUUCAAACUUACAUUUGUUUGGUUUCCUUAUUUCGAAAGGAAAUAAUUUUCCCGUUCUAAAAAGAAAUCUUUGUUUCUUAUUUUCUUAUUUUUGUACCGACUAUAAUUUAACUGUAUCGUUUUGUUAAGUACGGAAUUUAAAGUGAAUUGAAACUUUAGUGAUCCAAACUUUAUUAAACCUUCCAUUAUGUAUAUUAAAAAAAUAAAUUGUGUUAUGGCUAAAAA